AGAAAGAAAACUUCAUCUCACGACGACGGGAGAUACGCACAGAUAACUCCGCAAAUUCGAACCCAACGCCGCUUCCUCAGCACAAAAAGGGCAUUCUUUUGCUGUUUCUGCCGCCUGGGUUCUCACCACAAAUUCCCAACUCUCUCUCUUUCUCUCAAUCGCCGCAUUUUUUCAUCUUGGAGUUCCCGAUGACUGCGGCUUCAGAGUCGACGGCGUUGCUGAACGAUUCUUACCAGCGGCUCCCGCCGGUGUACCUCGCGCUGCUCUCUAUCUGGGUUGUCUCCGCCUGCUCUUGGACUCUCAACACUUACAGAAACCGCCACUCUCAGAGGAAUAACUUGCAGUGGACAUUGGCAUCUGUCCCUUUGAUCAAAUCUCUCCAAUUGGGCCUUUCAUUCCUCUUCUGGUAUUCGUGCUUUUAUUCUCAGAUAUGCUCGCUAUGGAUGUCGUUCGGGGUGUACAUAACCGGAGUGCUUUUCCAGACCGCUUCUUUCGUGUCAUUCCUGCUAAUCUCUCACGGUUACUGCAUCAUGUGUGAGCGCCUCUCGGUAACUGAAAGGCGCACCACAGCUGCACUUGCUUGUGUCUUCUACAUGACUCUCGUCGGUUACAGAGCUUCUGUGCCCUACUUCACAAUUUUACUUCUGCUGAACUACGUGGUCUCAUUCUAUCUGAUCUUCUACCUCAUAUCGCAAAAUUUGUUGUUACUACAAGAACAAUUGAGUUUUAUUGAGGAUGAGGAUGUGCAAGGAAUGCAUGAUGCAGUUUAUAUGAAGUUUCUCAUGUUCAAGAAGUUCCGGAGUGCAAUGCAGAUAGUGGCAGUUGUAGAAGCCAUGAUCUUCAUCAACGUGGACAAUUCACCAGAUCAUUACUGGCUGCGUCUCUUAGUUAGAGAGUGGGCACAGUUCUGCAUCUUUUCGUUCAUAGGAUGGACUUUCAGAUCUCAAGACUUGGUACCACGUUUCUCUGUGAUGCCGGCUGUAAAAACAAAAGGAGAAAGAAUGGUGCCUCCCAUUUACAGUAUCGAAAUGGACGCUGCAACUUUCAAGGAGUUUAGUUCUCGCGAAUGGCACAUCGGUGUGCCAACAUCUCAGUCUUGUGGUAAGAAAAAGAGCCAGAUGGACUCGAUCGUGGUAGUAAUCCAACAUCCACAUCUGCACCGGGGGAUACCUGUCACACCAUCGCGGUCGAACCCAGUACUUGUAUAGAGAUUUGUAGGCCAUUUCUUCAUGUUUUUGCUCCGAGAGCGAUAGCAGGGGCAGGGCAUCGAUGGCGCGCAGGAAGAAUGCAGUUAGCAAGGCAGCAGCUUGAGGAAGGCGCAGCAUUGCGAAAGUCCAGAUCUUUUUUGGUGCCUAACGCCCAACCAUAUUUGGUACUUUUUAUUUUGAUCUUGAUCCUAGUUUCUUCAUCAUCAUCUUUGUCAUAGAAAAGAGAAGAAAAAAAAAGCAGAUGGGUGCUCAGUUCAGUUGGGUACUUGAAGGAAAAGAAAAUUGUAUUUAUUAGAGCAGGCGAAAGAGUAGAGGAUAAGUUUCUAACAGUUGUAUAUUCUUCUUUCAAUAAUCUUUCUUCAGUAAAUUUUUUGUCUUGAA